UGUGUUGCAGGCCUGGUGUUGUGCGAAGGCUGGCUAGCCACGGGGCUGUGGGGGGGUCGUAGUCGUUCUGUGAGCGGAGGUGGAGGUCGUUCGUCCAGCACUGGGGAGGCGGCGGACGCAAGUGGCACGGGCGGCGGCGGCGGCGGCGGCGGAGGAGGCGGCGCAAGCGGCAACACCCACGCUUGUCCCAAAUGCGGCCGGACGUACACGCUGCGCUCCAACCUGUCCCGCCACAUGCGCCUGGAGUGCGGCGUCGAAAGGCGAUAUAGCUGUUCCUACUGUCACAAGCGGUUCAGUCACGCCCAUCACCUCCGCUCACAUGAGAGAUCCAUACACGCCCAAGCUACGCCUAACCCCCCUAUCAAGGCCAUCCAACCACGGCCUCAAGACCAACUUAUCAAACAAGAGACAGAGACAUCACUGCAGAACACAAAUGAGCAACAGUGAUGUGAGUGGUGCCAACGGCGAGAAAGGUAAACAGGAAACACUAUAGCACGAGUGAUAGUGAGUGAGUGAGUACCUAGGUGUUAGGGAGUGAAGCACAAUAAAAUAUGCAUAUGAAGGGCGUGAGAAGACGUCAGUAAGAUAAGGAGAAGUUACUAUAUCCCGUGAUUAUGGAUAGUAAAGAAAGUGGGGGUAUGGAGGUUAAUCUUGUUUGUGUGUUUAAAAAGGGAGAGAAUUCGGCGGAAACUAGAACUGUUCCGACCACUGAUUCGACAGCAAAAUACUUCUCUUAUAAACUAAUUCCUCAUCUCAUGUGUAUAACACGGGUUCUAGUUUACCGAAUAAGUCACUCGGAUGACCCUUUAGCGAUUCUGUGAUCAUGUGUAUCUUGCUUUCUG